GUCCGCGCUGCGGAGGUGUCUUCCGGCUGUCGGGCGGCAGCCCCGCGCUCGUGGAGCGGCUGCGCGCGGCCUUCGACGCGCAGGGCGACUGCGACCUGCAGGCGGCCGCCGCCGACGCGCCCUCGGCCGCGCAGCUGCUGCGCCUGUGGCUGCGCGACCUGCCCGACCCGCUGCUGCCCCCCGCGGCCGCCCGCCGGAUCCUGGUUCUGCACGCAGAUCUGCUGUCGUCGUCGGGGGCUGGGCCCGGGGCUGGGCCGGGGCCGGGGGCGGGGGCGGGCG